UUCAUCGAACACGGAUGGAAUAAGUCGCGUACCGACCAGUUCAAUGUCGUGUGAGAUACGUGCACACUGACCCUGGAGAGAAAUAACUUUAUGUUAUGAGGUUUUCAACCUGAAACAGAGAUGCUCUCUGUCCUGUGUAGAAGAAGCACCUUGGCAGCCCAGAAGGUACUGCACUGGGCAGGUCCUCCACAAAGAUGCUGGACAUCAGCUCUGGCCGGAGCCUCAGAUGGUGGAUCUGUCUCCUACUGCUGGACUUCAUCCGCUAAGCUCCUGUCUACACAAAGGGACACUGGACAAGUAAAACCUCUGGCUGUACUUGGAUUCAGGAGGACUGAGCUCUUCCGGCAAACCCACACUCAUGAUGCUUCACUUUUGGUGAGGAACCAACAUUUCCACUCUUCUGCAGUGAGGCUUAAGAAGCGAGCUCAGCCUGAACCUCCUCCCAGAGAGCUGGAUCUGCUGCGCUAUGACAUGAAGCACUUGUGGAAAGCUCCCAAACCUGCCCUCUAUUUGGGGUUCGCGGGGCUGAUCCCUUUUGUCUCCCCGACUCUGCUCAUGGCUGUGACUGAGAUCUACUACCCAGAGUUAGCUUAUGCCCAGCUAGCCUACGCCGCCUCCAUCGUUUCUUUCCUGGGUGGAGCUCGAUGGGGAUUUGCACUUCCUGAUAGCAGCCCAGCCAAACCUGACUGGAUUAACCUAACCAACAGCGUGGUUCCCUCCCUGUUAGCCUGGGUGGCCAUGCUGAUGAGCGAUAGCAUUGUUCCUGCAGCCACCAUGGUUAUCAUGGGACUUGGAAUAUCACUGCAUUAUGAUCUGUCUCUACUUCCCACUUAUCCCAGCUGGUUCAAAGCCCUGCGUGCCAUCCUGACCACUGUGGCAUUUUUUUCUCUUCUUGGUACACUUAUAAUGAAUGGUUUGUACCCAGAAAAGACAUUUUUCUCAGAUUGACAAGAGAUUCUUAUGUUACAGCACAUUUGUAUUUGGGUGAUCCAACUUCAAGGUUUUUCUUGGUCUUGAUCCUGUUAACUGUCACAAUCAGAUGUCUGUUAGAUUGAAUGUUUUUGUUGGGAGUAAUAUUUUGUGCAUCAUUGCACUAAAUUCUGUACAAGCAAAACAGUUAAUGUGAACCCAACUUCAUAAACAAGCUGCAAAUA